AUGCACCUAACCUCUACUAAGGUUUCAAAAUUAAGCUCAUUAAAAGAAAGCUCGAAGGAAGUUAAAGUAGUGGCCAUGUUAAGAGCCUUUGCCAAUACUUCUACGCCAUUAAAUUUAAUUUUAUUAUCGCUAAAAUUUAAAGAAGUUAAGGUUACAUUUUUACAAAGAGCUUUAGCUAAAUAA